GCCGGGACAAAUGCUCACCUCCCAAUUCCGAGUUACCAGCUCCCCCAACCCAUAUUUCUUUUCUCUUUGGGUGGCGCGGGAUGGCUUCGAACGGCCCCAGAGGCGGUCUCCCAAGACGCCGGAAUGGAAAACAGCAAGCCUGCGAACCGUGCCGGAAAGCAAAGGUCUCUUGCGACCAUACCCUCCCCACGUGUGAUCGAUGUCGAAGAAGGCAGCUCACAAAUAAAUGCGUCUACUUGGCGGCCCCCAUGACACGGCCUGUCCCGGACGCAGGAACUCGCUCCGAACCCCUAAUCACUAAAGCCCCUCUCACGCCUUCUACCGGCUCAAGUGGUUCUCCUGUUGCUUCGAUUGUGUUUAAAGACACUUGCCCUAAGCCGAACCCUGAGUCGGGCCCUUUCAUAAAGUCCGGAGGAUUCUUUGGUCCCACAAACUUCUCGGCCGUCUUCCUAGAAAACAGCUCAAACUUCGGGCAUGAUGAUAUCCAAAUCUCCAACGACUCGGACCCAUAUGUGGCUUCAUAUGAGAGUCUCCAAUCCCAGACCUUCCUCAUGCUAGCAGGAAAGGAGCCAAGAGGCUCUCCAAGAGUAGCCCUCGGCGCCAAAAUCCUCAAUGCUCUCCCAGACCAGCAAACCUGUAGGUUUCUUCUCGGCUGGUACAUGGAGAAGUGCCACGGGUGUGAAUUACCCAAAGAAGCUUAUGUUGACUUGGCCAAUUCUCUCUGGACAACAUAUGCACGGCAGCUAGCAGAACCCCGACGCCCUGAAAAACUCGAAGCCAUGUCAACAACCCUGUGCAAGAAUGCUGAGACAGCACUUGAAGAGUUCGAGGACUACGAGCGGUGGUUUAUCUCUUGCAGUGGUGCUAAUAUGAGGUGGGAAGCUCUCGGUGGUGUGUUUGGUGCUCUCACCACUGCGGUGCUCUCAUUGCCGGAACGGGACCCUUUCUUCUCUUCACAACGAGGCGAUAGGCGGAGUAGGAGGAAUUUCUCGAUUGAGUUGAAGGACUGUGUCCAAGCUUGCAUCACACUUUCUAAUUAUAUGGAUCUUAUCAAUGUUCCUAUGGUUGCUUUAUUACUGAAGAACUUGAUCCUUCAGACCGUUAUAAGCGGGGAUGUCAGUCUGGUAGUGUGGAGACAGCUUGGAGAUCUUGUCAGUGCCACGACGGCUUUAGGACUUCAUCGCCUGACGCCUGGUCAACCUGUUACCUUCACCUCGGAAAUGAAGAAGCGUAUAUUUAAUGCAACAUUUAUCUGCAAUAUGGGGAACUCCCUUCUCACAGGCAGGCCACCGGCUUUGUGCCACCGCUUGUGCCACCUUCAACUUCCGCUAGAUGUCAGCGACGAAGUUCUCAUGAAAGGUGGAGAAGAGCUUCAAAGAGCUAUUGCUGCACUUGAUUCCAACGGCUGGAACAGGGAAGAGAAAAUAUAUAUUAACAGCAGUGUCCGCACCCGCACUCUGCUUGCACCAAUCCUGAACGAGGCUCUCGAAUUAUUUCUUGGAGACCCGCAAAAUAUCACAGGCAAGAUCAUCAAAGAUUUGAUGAACCGAAUUGAACAAACAUACGACUCCUUUCCUAACUACCUCAAGUUCAAUAUGGCCGACGUCUCGGACCUGGAUGUUCCUGACGUGAAAGUCUGGAUGCGUCUCUGUCUCCGGCUCAUGAUGCUUGAACACCGACUUCUCCUCGAGCGCCUAGCAUUCAAGCAAGACAUCCUAGAUGGACAAUCCAUGGUCGAUUGCGCACGGGAGAUGCUAGAACUCACUGUCUUGAUCUGGGUCCAGCGAGACCGCUUCAGCGAGCAUCACCACGAUUACGACUGGAUGCUGAUGUGCUGGGGCAUCCCAUCCAGCGGCGUCCUCUGCGUCGAGUUAUUGAAACAAACGAAGCAACCUCAAGGCACACAACACAUGCUCCGCAUCCCGCGCUCCGAAAUCGUCCAAAAUCUCUCCCUCCUCAUCGGUUUCCUGGAAUGGAUCAAACCAUCGGCAGGUAACUACCAACUCUGUGGGAGAAUGAGACAGAUUAUCAAGAGGAUCUUGGAUCAGAUUCUCAACCCCAGUCCGCCGAGUUCUGCGCCUCCUGCGAGCAGUCAGGAGUCGAACGGUGAGGCGAAUGGAUUUGAGAAUGGCUUGCCGUAUGAUCCGAUGUUGGAUGUGGGGUUUGAUGACGGACUGGAUAAUUUGGAGUGGUUAAAUACGGUGGAUUGGUCGAGGGGGCCGUGGGUGGAUUUGCAGGACUUUUCGGCUACGAAAUGCGGUUGAAGAAGUGAUAGAGAGUCAUCUAUUGUUACUUCUCUGAUGUCCUUUUCGAAAGUGAACAUUUGGAAGGAGAUUAGUAUCCAGUCUGGACUCGGAAUCUGAUCAGACGCUGAGUGGUUGGGAGCAUGAUGCCGAGCCGCAUUGAAACGUUGAGGGCACUCGCAUGUUCCUAUCAGAACUUCAACGUGAAAGGCGUUGAUGUCGUCUAGCGUCGACAGGGACAUGAUAUCAGAGAAAUCAAAACUCAGUAAGGAGAACCAUCUCAAACUAGCACGAAUUAAAAGAAAUUUGACACCUG